GACCUUAUUUAUAUAUAAAUAUGUGUGCAUGUACCUUUAAGUGCUCCACCUUGUUGAUCUAAUCAUCCAAUAAAAGCAAACAUGCCCACCUAGCAGAUUACACCUCAUAUCUGCCUACCACAUGUCUUUGUUUCCAAUAGAUACCAGAAUUGUACUAAUUGAUUAAAGGGACUGUCUCUCACCUUGUGAUUAUAUAUACAUCCCAUUUCCAUUGCCUCAUAUCCAGCAUAACAACUGCAUUCAGAAAUUCAGAGUUUCAAUACCUAAAUCUUCCCUCUUUUUCUUCCAAUCUCAGAAUCUCUCCCACUGACCUUAAGAGUAAAGCAAGAUGGUCAGUGCUAAGAAGCUUGUCCAGUUAGCAAGAAAAUGGCAAAAAAUGGUUGCAAUCCGGAGAAAAAGGAUCACACUACCAAGAGCCACCUUGGAUACUGACACAAACAGUUGCAGCACAUCGACAACGGUUGUGAAAGGUCAUUUUGUUGUAUACAGUGCGGAUCAGAAGCGCUUUGUGCUUCCUUUGGAAUAUCUAAAGAAUGAAAUAGUCAUGGAACUAUUCAACUUGGCUGAAGAAGAGUUUGGUGUACCAGGCAAUGGACUUCUAAUCUUGCCUUGUGAUGCACCCUUCCUGGAAUAUGUAAUCGAUUUGAUCAAAAGGAAACCAAGUAAAGAUAUAGAGAAAGCAUUGAUCCUGUCGGUAGCCAGUAGUCGUUGCUCGUCAUCAAAUCAUUAUCAGCAUGAAACGAGCCAGCAGUUGCCAAUAUGGAGCUUCUGAAGCAAAGUUUCUUUUUCUUUUCACAUCUUGUAAUUGAUCUACACCCUUUUAGAUUAAAAUAUACAAUGCAAAACAUCAGAAUUUUUGUUUA